AAAAUAAAAUGCUAUAGCUGGGAAGAGGCCGUCGGCGAUCAAGCCUCAUCUGGUAAGUUUACUGUUCAUUCGGUGAGAGAAGAAGGUAAAGUACUGUUCGUAGGUUUUAGUUACAAUUUUAAUCUGGACCAUUGAAACAUUUAAUUGCCACAUGGCAGCCAUCUAUUAAGACAACUGAAAAAAAAAGGAGAAUAAGAAAAUUGAGUGGAUCCAGACUCGACCCGACAGGCCCAACAUAACAUUUGGAGUUGCCGUUUUAAGCAAAAACAAAGAUUUAGUUUCAUCUUCUGUUUGGAACAUCUCAGACAGAACAAACACAGUAGUGAAAACGUUGUUUUCAAGCCGUUGCCUUUGUCUCUUCUCUUCAAAAUACCACCUUCUCGCAGCUACUUUGUAUAGAACAAAAAUACAAUGACGGCUGCUUCUAUGUUAUUCUCAUGCUCUAUGAAUGUGGGAGUUUCUAAUCCAAAGAUGGCUUCAAAAGCCUCUGCAUGUUGUUUGUUAAACCGGCCAAUGAGUUGUUCGAAGUCGAUUUUGUCAUGUGGGCUGUUUGGAGUUUCGGAAAAAUCAAAACUUUUGUGUCGGGCAAGUGCUCUUCAUGUUGAGAGUGUGCCUUCAUUUUCUGUUGGGCAAAAGUUUCAAUUUGAUGAUGUGAUUGAAGCUCAACAAUUUGAUAGAGAAACUCUUAGUGCUAUAUUUGAAGUUGCUAGGAGUAUGGAGAAUAUUAGGAACAACUCGUCCGGGAGUCAAAUGCUUAAGGGUUAUCUCAUGGCUACUUUGUUUUAUGAGCCUUCGACUAGAACUAGGCUUUCGUUUGAGUCUGCUAUGAAAAGAUUAGGUGGUGAUGUUCUCACAACUGAAAAUGCUAGGGAGUUUUCAUCUGCAUCUAAAGGAGAGACACUCGAAGAUACUAUAAGAACGGUUGAAGGUUACUCUGAUAUAAUUGUAUUGCGGCACUUUGAAAGUGGUGCAGCGAGAAGAGCUGCAGCAACUGCUAACAUUCCAGUAAUCAAUGCAGGGGAUGGCCCAGGACAGCAUCCCAGCCAGGCGUUGUUGGACGUUUAUACCAUUGAAAGAGAGAUAGGAAAAUUGGAUGGAAUUAAAGUUGGGCUUGUCGGAGACCUCGCUAAUGGGAGGACAGUUCGCUCACUUGCAUACUUACUUGCCAAGUACCGUGAUGUAAAAUUCUAUUUUGUAUCUCCUAAUGUGGUUAAAAUGAAGGAUGACAUAAAAGAGUAUCUGACAUCAAAAGGAGUGGAGUGGGAAGAAAGUUCUGAUUUGUUGGAAGUGGCUUCUAAAUGUGACGUGGUUUAUCAAACUCGCAUUCAGAAAGAAAGAUUUGGAGAGAAUAUUAACCUGUACGAAGAAGCAAGAGGCAAGUAUAUUGUUAAUAAAGAUGUUCUAAAGGUGAUGCAAAAUCAUGCUGUAGUAAUGCACCCUCUUCCAAGACUCGACGAAAUCGAGGUGGAAGUCGAUAGUGAUCCAAGAGCAGCUUACUUUAGGCAGGCGAAAAAUGGUCUAUAUAUUCGGAUGGCUCUAUUAAAGGUUUUGCUUCUUGGUUGGUAAAAGAUGCAUUCACUUUCCAAGUGAUCAGGAUGAUAAAUUGUUUCAGUUGUUAUCUUAGUUUAUUUUUUGUUGCCUAUGUUGCCAUGAGAGUCUCGCAUAUACAGUGAGAAAAAGGAGGAAAAAUAAUUUUUAGACAUUAGUAUUAACUUUUGAUAUGCAAGUUUUGUUUACUUACCAAAGUGCAUGACCAAAGUACAUAAGUUGGCUCAUUUUAUUUAGUUGUUUGUUACCUUGUUUACCAGUGAUGUACUGCUACAUUGUGCAUUGUUAUGAUUUAUCGACACUUAACCAUGUUA